UGUUGCAACGAAAGCAUUUGGUCCCACUAGCGAUGGCACUUUCAGUACUGGCCAUCAUCGGUUUCGUCACCGCUAGGAUUCUCAUGGCUAACAUGACCAAUUACGGGCCAGCUGCAAAGGAACGGUCAGUAGUCCAAGAUGGUUUCAGGGCAGUCGACCAAGGUGGUUUCAUGGCAGCCGACCGGUUAAGAAAACAGAGGAAUAAGCUGUCGGAGAUACUGAACAAUACGAUGAGAGAACUCGCGAUGAUGAGUUGUAAAAUGGCUGAAAUGACUACAAAAUCCAAUAAGAGUUAUGUUGCCGUUACUGGCGGGUGGUGCAAAGACACAAGUACAUUCACAGGUGGGGAACACUCGUUUGACAAACCUCUGGCAAACCUACUUUCACUUUUCUUUCAAAGCCAAACCGUUGCGAGUUUCGGGGAUGGUCCGGGCGAGUACAAGAAGUUUCUGGACUCGACCAAUCGACUUCGUGCAUACGAUGCUUUUGAUGGCGCCCCCUAUGGGCGGGAAACAAGCGGUGGAGUAGUUCAGUUUGCUGAUCUAACGGUUCCCCUGUACGGACUUCCGCUGUACGACUGGAUCAUAAGUCUGGAGGUGGCAGAACAUAUUCCAGCUAAAUAUGAAGACGUCUUCAUUGACAACAUCGUGCGUCACGCAAAGAAAGGCAUAGUACUGAGCUGGGCGAUACCUGGUCAAGUAGGUCUUCAACACAUAAACAACAGACCCUUGGCGUAUGUACAGAAACUUCUUUCGAGCAAAGGAUUUGAUACAGAUAUUGUGGCGAGCCAGGAAUUUCAAGAAAAGGCACUUUUCCAUGGCUGA